AUGUCGUCGACAUCGGCUGCUGCAGCUUCUUCUUCAUCCUCAACGGCGUCGUCUCAAUUCACCUACACUACCGGCACGUACUUUCCGACUCCGUUUCACCUACAACAGCCGCAAACCUAUGUGGCUGCUGCCGCUGCCGCUUCAAUUCUGCAAUUUCCUGCUCCUCCUCCUGCGGUUCCCCACGUUUAUCCUGCUCCCGCUACAAUCCCUACCGUGUACUCCCUCCCUCAGUAUCAACAGGCCCAGCAAUUAUUUCAGAGGGAUGCACAAACAAUAACACUUGAAGCGCUAGAGAGUGUGAAAGCUGCGCUUGCAAGUAGUGAGAUUGAGCACAAGGCCGAGACUAAGAAGAAAACAGUACCUCGUAAGGCAGCAGGGCAGGCAUGGGAGGAUCCUACACUUGCAGAUUGGCCAGAGAAUGAUUCUCGUUUGUUCUGUGGUGAUCUUGGUAAUGAGGUGAAUGAUGAUGUUCUAUCCAAAGCAUUUUCAAGAUUUCCAUCUUUUAACAUGGCCAGGGAUUGGCACUAACCUCUACUAAAGCAUAGCCGGACUGCUCCACCUAGAGAUGGCUGAAGGAAGUGGAAAUGAGGAGACAACUCUUGAGCAUACAUCAACAUGGGCAGUGGUAGUUGUUUGUUUCAUCUUGAUGAGCCCAAACAAUGUACUAUAUAUAUACUAUACCUCUCGCGGAUCGUUGCUAAUAUUGUACAAUUACGUUACCUGACUUUUAGCAUUUCUUUCAACUUGUUAGGGAUGAGAGUCUUUUUGUUUGUGCACAAGAAAGUCUUUCAAGUUAUUGUAAAUGAGAAUCUUUCGGUACUUUAUU